AUGAACAAAGGAUCAUUUCUGCUCAGGCAAUGGUCCAGCAACUCGCCAAAGUUAAGCGCAGUAGCGGAAGCGGAUGUUUCGAACGCCAAAGAUGAAGAGGUAUCGGUCUUGGGGUUAAAAUGGCACCCAGAAAAGGACACAUUGUCGAUCGCACGCAAGAUCAAGGAACAACCACGCAGCAAGGUAAACACCAAGCGCACCGUUACGUCAGAAUCAGCUUCAGUAUUUGAUCCGUUGGGAUUUUUAGGACCACUACACGUUCCCGCGAAAUCAUUUGUGAAUCAAUUAUGGCAAGCUGGCAAAGAUUGGGAUGACAGGCUUUCCCUGGCCGAAAAUAAACAAUGGAGUAAAGUACAAGUAUCACUCAGCAGAGCCCACGAGAUAAAGAUUCCAAGAUGGUUAGUCGACGACGCCACCCAACCGCUAGAUAUCAUCAUUUUUUGUGACGCUUGUCCGACCACAGCCGUAGGAUGUGUUGCAUACGCGAAGCAAGGCACACGCGUGGGACUAAUUGGUUCAAAGAACAAGAUCGUGUCACAAAAAAAUGCCAAACAAACUGUUCCAAAACUAGAGCUAAUGGCUAUGGUCAUGGGGGCACAAUACGGAGAAAUAUUACGCAAGACAUACGCCAAGGAGUGCUUCACCAUCGACAUCACCUACGCAACAGAUUCAGAGAUCGCUCUCUAUUGGCUGAAAUCCGAGAAAAAGUUAACACCCUUUGUAAUGAACCGCGUCAACUUCAUCAGAGAGAAAUCUGACAGCAACAAAUGGUAUCAUGUAGCGACGAAAGAAAAUUCGGCGGAUAUCUUAUCACGUGGCGCUACCUACGAGGAACUGCAAUCCUCCACAUGGGAAACUGGUCCAGUUUGGCUCAAGCAAGACAAGUGCGAAUGGCCGUUUGUUGAUGUAUGCGACAAACCCAAGAACAUUAGAAUAUCGUUAGCCGCAAGUCUAGAAAUAGACAAUAUAUUCCAGACACGCGAUGCUGGUAACACAAGUACCCGCCCCGAUCUCCAAGCGGUGAUUGACAUUUCCAAAUUCAGUUCUUACCAAAAGCUGCUUAGAGUCACAGCCCUCGUAACGCGAGCCAGGUAUCAGAGAAAGGAAUAA